CACAUCCAUAGAAGGAGCUUGAGAGAAGACAGCCCUGCAGUUUUUUUUCCUCGUCUUUUCUUCUUUCUCCACUUCCUGGUGAAUUGCUUCAAAUACUUUUUUUUCCUUCUCCCUGCUCCCCACCUCUUCAAGCAACAAAGAAGAGAGAAACUUUCUCCUGGUUGAGGCUUACCAGGACUCCCAGACAUGAACGCCACUACGAGAAGUCUCCUUCUCUCCCUCUCCAUCCUGCUCCUCUGGAAGCUGGAUCGGUUCAGCGAAGCCUGUAGCUGCUCCCCGGUGCAUCCGCAACAGGCGUUUUGCAAUGCAGAUGUAGUGAUCAGAGCCAAAGCUGUCAGUGGGAAAGAAGUGGACUCUGGAAAUGAUAUUUAUGGAAAUCCCAUCAAAAGGAUUCAAUAUGAGAUCAAACAGAUAAAGAUGUUUAAAGGACCUGAUAAGGAUAUCGAGUUUAUUUAUACUGCUCCAUCCUCAGCAGUAUGUGGAGUCUCAUUGGACACUGGAGGAAAAAAGGAAUAUCUGAUUGCAGGAAAAUCAGAAGGAAAUGGCAAAAUGCAUGUUACUCUCUGUGACUUCAUCGAGCCCUGGGAUACUCUGACCACCACGCAGAAGAAGAGUCUAAAUCAGCGAUACCAGAUGGGCUGUGAAUGCAAGAUUUCUCGAUGCCCCAUGAUCCCAUGUUAUGUAUCUUCACCAGAUGAGUGCCUGUGGAUGGACUGGGUCACAGAGAAGAUCAUUUACGGGCAUCAGGCAAAGUAUUUUGCCUGUAUCAAGAGGAGUGAUGGCUCCUGUGCAUGGUACCGUGGGGCAGCACCACCCAAGCAGGAGUUUCUUGAUAUUGAGGACCCAUAACUGGACUGGCAGAACCCUAACAGCCAAUAGAAAAGCCUCCAAGAGUUUAGACAGGUCCAGCUCUGACAUUACUUCCAAGAAACAGCAUGAAAAUAUAAUCAUCCAAUUGUGUCAAAAUUAGGUGUGAUUUUUAUUUUCCUUUUUUUUUUUUCAAAUAUGAUACUACAUCUCUAGGGAAAGGGAGAAGGAGGGCACAGAGUUCCCAUCCUAUCUAGACUCAGGCUCAGUGCUGUAUUUUUCAGUUCUCAUUCCUCAGAAUGAUAACCACCAGGAAAUUCCCUGGAUAUCUCUACCCCACCAGCACCCCUAUUUUGGAAUGUUGCAUUUAGCAGAAACCAAUGAGGUUCAUUGCAAGAUUCUGUGUAGCAGGCCUACCAGGUAUCUCUCAUCUUGAGUAGCAUGUCCCUCAUUUCAUAAAGCUUCCUUCCCCUCUGUUUUCCCCAUGUCAGUCCCCACCUUUCCCAAAAACCCUUCCUGUUCUUCUCCCCACCCCAUUUGCUCGUAUCUGUGCCUUUCACAGGUUCUCGGAAUCUCAUGUCUCAGUGAGUGUCCACGAAAUGCCAUUUGUACAACCAGCACCCAGACUUCUCAGUUUUGAAGGCACCUAAAAGUUAUCAUUCAAUAGAAUGGAGCCCCAGGGACCCUGGAAAUAUGCAGAGGCAACAAACUUUCCAGCUGAACACAGUUUUCAGCUCUAGUCUGUCUCCCACAGUGAGAAUCUAUUGGAUUCCACUCUGAACAUCAAAGACUUAGGAGGGAAGCAUAAUGAAGGAUGCUCUCGUCUAUAUACUCAGCUUUGAAUCCUGAGAGUUCCAUGGCAUGCCUUUCAAAAAGGCAUCUGCAUUCCUGCAGAUGACAUGGAUAUCUAGCAUUAGUAUUAAGUUCUUCUAGACUCCCAAAGAGAUUGACAGUUGCCAUUUUGCUCUCAGGUUUCUGCAAAUGCUAUUUGGCUAGCAACAUAGUACUAUGGAUUCUUAUAUAGGGAGGAAAGGGAUUUUGGAGGUAAGAAGGUUAAAUGAAGCUCUUAUUUCUGCCUGGGUUCCUCUAGGACAUCAUGGCCUGCUUUAGAGUCAUCUCAUCUUAAGAUUUAAUUCAUCAGUCCAAAUACCAGGUAUACCACCAUCUGCUUAUAUUUUCCAUGUCAGAAACACAAUAUAGUGAAGAAAAUCAGAUGACCCCAGGGUAGACUACUACUUGCUAUUUCCUAAAGAUAGUUCAUUGUCCCCAGUAAUUAGAAUUAAGAUAGGCAAAUAUCUUUACUGAUGGCAAAAGGAAGUUAGUUGUCUUCUUUUUGCCUCUGUUGAAAAGUAACCUGCUUCCAGAAGGACACACACACACACAAUUGUAAUUAAACUAAAAUCUGGCAGCCUAUGAGUGAUCUUUCUUCUCUGAAACUGCUUCCCCAAACUGUCAUCAUUUGAGCCUAUUCUGCAGUGACCCCAAAACAAUUAGUGACCCCUGAGUGGCAUAGAGCCUCUUUUGUCUGGGAUCCAGUCAGCACAGGCCUUGAUAAUUUACCUUUCUAGGGCAAAUUAUUAAGAGAACAUCCAGAAAUAAUCCCCUGCAGACCUGCUCUGGGGACAUUUUCUUACUCUACAUCAGUAGAAUAUUUUAAAGAUGUCACAUUGGACCAAUGGAAGUGAUUUCACUCUAGUCAAGCCAAUAUAACAUUCCCUAUUUGCUUACUUUGUGGUUAAAUCACAUGUGACACGUGACAUUUACUUCUUUCUCUGACUUCCCUUUUUUUUCCUUUUAAUGUUUCUGGUUGUUUUGGGCAUCGGUUAUAUCAUUACUGUGCUAUGUUUCCACCUCCUAAUCACCUCCAACCCUGUUGUUAGGUGUUAGAAUUGCACUUUCUUUUAAAAGGUUUCUAUAAUGGAAGCAUUUGACACAGAGUGGAAAGAGUGUCAAGUUAGCCUAUGAAGAUAGAUUCCUCUGGACCUUUUCUUUAGCUGUUUAAUUGCCUUUGCUUCUUUCCUUUCCCCUCUUUUUAUACCUUCUUGUUCAAAUGCCUGCAAAGUCAACAGGUCUUUGAGAAAGUUGUCUUGGGGGGGACAGGCUAUAUAUAAAUAAAUAUAUAUAUAUAUUUUUUAUUCCUUGCUAGUUAGUCUUCUUUCCUUUCUUAAUAGGAAAGAAAAAAAACUCCAGUUGCAGGUGAGAUAAGGAGCCCUUCCAGUAGCUUUACAAUAAAUAUUACCACAUAUAUAUACAUACAUACAUAUAUAUGUGUGUAUAUAUUGUUUAUGAAGGAUCUUCAUUUGGCAUUGCUUUAAUUUAUGUUACACAAUUAAGCACUGUUCUUUCUACCCUUCCUCCAUGCUCUUCUUUGUGCAAGCAACUCAAAAUAUUUUUAAAGAAAGUUUACAUUAUAGUUAUUUUCAAAUCUUUGCUUAUAAGUAUUAAGAAAUAUCUAAAUGGCUGCCAUAAUUUAAAGCUUUGGGGGUUUUUGUUUUGUUUUGUUUGGUUCUUUUUGGGGCAAUAUGUUUUUGCUGGAAUAUGAAGUCUGAAACCUUCUUGUGCUGGGAACACAUGAAAGUUGUUGAAAAAUGACAAGCAGUCUGUGCAUGUCUCUGACGCUUUGUAUCAUUCUUAAGUGAACAUUCAGUCAUUGGACAAUAAACAGUAUUAUCAAAUAAAA